CACUUUACUCCCCCUUUGUUCCCGUAAUUUCUCGUCGACUGUCCGUCUCUUAUUUCUUCCAGCGCAUAUGACGCUGCUGUGUGUUGCACGCGUCUAGCGACGAUGUCAGCAGCUUGCGCUUCCACCCUAAGCCAGUCCGCCAGCAACGCUAGAACCGCUUCCUUGUCUCGCUCGAUCCCCGCCGUUGAUCGCCCAGCCAUGCUCUCCCUCUCGCGCUCCGCUCAGCGUGUUCUGCGCGGAAGCGGAGCCAGCCUCGGCACCGCGCUGCAGUUAACGAGGAGCACAGUACAGCGGCUAGUUCCGACCGCGUCUUACUCGUCCGAUCAGUUCGGCGACUUGAGCGGCGACAGGCGCGGACCUUACCGGCGGGGGGAUCGUGACGAUCAGAGCGGCAAUAAGCCGGCAGGGGGACGAUCGGAGCCAGAGAACCAGCAGCGAUCGUUCCAAAGGUCGCCUUACGACGGGCAAGGGUACCCUCAGUCGAAUCAGUACUCGCGAUCCGAUCAGCACUCGAGUCAGUAUAAACCGCCUGGUCCGUAUCAGCGACGUGGGGAGCAGCAGCGACAGCCGCAACAGCCGCCGGCGCCGGCGCAGCAGCAGCAGUACCAGCAGCAGCAGGAGGGGGGUGAUGAGCUGGAGACGAUCGAGUGGCAAUCCGAGUUGUCAAAUACCGUGCACCUAAUCGGCACCAUAGCGUUGGACCCGGUGCCGCGGUUCUUGGACAGCGGCAAGUGCGUGACCAACAUGCGCCUGGCGGUGGGGUGGAAGAAGGCCAACGGGGAGAAGCGCACCGACUGGUACGCUCUGCAGCUGUGGGACGAUCUUGCUAUGUGCGCACAGAACGUGAAGAAGGGGGCGCGGGUGUAUGUGAGCGGGCGAUUGCACAUGGAGGAGUACACGGACAGCAGUGGGGCGCCGAGGCUUGAGCCCAAGGUGGACGUCAAGCGAAUAGCUCUCGUUGCCAGCAACUUCGGCAACAGCGGCAGUGGGAGAAAGAGCAGUCAGGGGGGGUUCGAUCAGGGGGUUUACAGUCAGGGUGGUUACAAUCAAGGGGGCUACAGCCCCCAGCCCACUGCCUAUGCUGAACCGAGCAAUAGCAGCACUAGUACUCAGGGGAGAUAUGACAGCCAAAGUUAUGGUAACCAGAGUGGUUACAGCAGUGUGAGCAGCUACAGCGGUCCGGGGGGGAACAGUGCACUGGCAGAAGGGGAGGAGGAGUUAAGUGUCCGGGACCUGCCUCGAGUGCCUCGAUUCGACGGCAAGCUCAACACGGAGCAGGUGCAUGCGUUGUGGGACCAGUUCUUCAAAGACCCAGUUCAGUUCUUUGACUACCGAGAAUUCAAGCGUCAAGGGGUGAUCUCACCCAAGGCCCCUGACUUCAAGAAGGCAGCGACGGGGGAGCCCCUGUGGGUGGAUGCCCGGGACCCCCCCUACUGGUUGCAUGCAUCCCUGGAGCUCUACGACAGAGAACUCGCAAGCGCCAUGGCAGGCUUGCCGGUGGGCGGGGAGGGAGGGGAGGCAGGGGAGGAGGGGGGGGAGCAGUAUGGCGGAGGGGCCAUGGAUGCUCGCGGAUUCUGACGAGGACCGCUGGGAUGUGUGCCUCAGUGCCCCUGUGGGUGGAUGCCCGGGAUCCUCCCCACCCCACUGGUUCCAUGCAUCCCUGGAGCUCUAUGACAGAGAAUUUGCACGGGCCAUGGCAGGCUUGCCCGUGGGCGGGGAGGGAGGGGAGGCAGGGGAGGAGGAUAUGGGAGGGGAGGAGGGUGGGGAGCAGUAUGGUGGAGGGGCCAUGGAUGCCCGCGGGUUCUGAAGUGAAGCGCUGUGCUGCUGCGGGUGCCCCCAUCCCAUCCGUGCACUACUAUGACGCCGCCAUCCCAACAUGGAAUGCUCGUGGGUGCUGAUGGUGAGGAUGCAGUGCUACACUGCCAUGCCAUGGUGUUGCUCACAUUUCUGCACAGUUGACUGAUGACCAUGGGACGUGAGGUGAGGGCCUGGGUUGGGGGGGGGGGCGAGGGGGGGGGGGGGGUCCAGGUGGUGAGGGGGGGGAGUAUGUUGGGGGGGCCGGGCCGUGCCGUGGUUCUGGCUUCUGGCUUGUGAGGUGAGUGUGGUUGAUUGCUAGGGGCGCUGGGUUGCUGCAGGCGCUGCAACUGUGAGAGACCCGGGUGUUGCACCUGGAUGCUGGCUUCUGUAGGGGUAUACGAGGGCCUAUACAAGGGCCUAGUAUAUGAGGGCCUCCAAUUGUUAAGAUAAUUUUGUGAGAGGAAUCCAUCUUCGUAGACACUACAGGCAAGUAAAUUGUGGUAUGCAGUUGUCGCCUCUGCCGCUGGCUAAAGAUCGGAUCAAUCGGAUCGAUCGGACAGCACAUGCUGAGAGCAAUGUAGUACUUGACAAGUACCAUUGUCAAGGCCUGCAUAUUGUGCUGCUCAUUUUGAACAAGGGACACAUCACGUUAGAAUAGCUAAGUAGGGAUGAUUCUGAUCAGCGGCAGCAGGUACAUGUAACAUGACGCCAAUGGCU